UCUCUCUCUCUCUCUCUCUCUCUCUCUCUCUCUCUCUCUCUCUCUCUCUCUCUCUCUCUCUCUCUCUCUCUCAGUUCUAUCCAGUUUGCUGAUGGAGCGAUGCUGUAGUGUUAGCAGUGGCGGUAGCCACAGUGCCUCUUCUAGUGUUGUAUCUGCUUCUGCCCCACCCAAACCUGUUUCCCCUUUACCCUGGAGCUUCAACUGUACAGCAAUGGUGGAUGUAAGCAAAUGGCCCCUGUUUAGCAUCCUGAGUGCACAGGACACUGCUUCAAUACGUCAGGCGUGCGUGUUUGGAACAUCUGCCAAUGAGGCGAUCUACAUCACCCAUGAUAACGAGGUGUACGUCUUUGGGCUGAACUGCAGCAACUGCCUGGGCACAGGGGACAGCACAAGCACCAUCGUCCCUAAAAAGCUAAACUGUCUGAGUGGGAAGAAGGUGGUCAGUCUAAGCUAUGGCAGUGGGCCACAUGUGCUGCUCACAACAGAUGAAGGCCAGCUGUACGCAUGGGGACAUAACGGAUACAGUCAGCUAGGGAACGGUACCACCAAUCAGGGAGUGUCUCCUGUGCUUGUAUCUACUAACCUCCAGAGCAAGAGGGUGAUCGAGGUGGCUUGUGGAUCACACCAUUCAGUCGCCCUGACCCAUGAUGGAGAGGUGUUUGCUUGGGGCUAUAAUAACUGCGGUCAAGUAGGAUCAGGUUCUACGUCCAACCAGCCCACACCACGCAGGGUCUCCAGCUGCCUCCUUAACAAAGUAGUGGUCAGCAUAGCCUGUGGUCAGACUUCUUCCAUGGCGGUAACAGACAACGGAGAGGUGUACGGUUGGGGAUACAAUGGUAAUGGACAGCUUGGUUUGGGGAACAAUGGAAAUCAGCUGACACCAUGUCGUCUAGCAGGGCUGCAGAGUGUUUGCAUCAUGCAGAUAGCCUGUGGUUAUGCCCACUCACUUGCACUAACAGACGAGGGACUGUUAUACGCAUGGGGAGCCAACACUUAUGGCCAGCUUGGCACAGGCAACAAGAGCAAUCAGCUUAGCCCUGUUCAGGUCAUGGCUGAGAAAGAGAGGAUUGUGGAGGUAGCAGCCUGUCACUCCACACACACCUCGGCAGCGAAGACGCAGAGUGGCCGGGUGUAUGUGUGGGGCCAGUGCAGAGGCCAGUCCAUUGUCUUACCCCACCACACUCAUUUCAGCUGCACUGACGACGUCUUUGCCUGCUUUGCAACACCAUCUGUCAUGUGGAGACUCCUGUCCGUGGAGCACGAUGAUUUCCUGACCGUGGCCGAGUCUCUGAAGAAAGAGUUUGACAGCCCUGAGACUUCAGACCUCAAAUUCAGCGUUGAGGGCAAAUUCAUUCAUGUCCACAAGGCCGUGCUUAAAAUUAGAUGUGAAUACUUCAGAUCCAUGUUUCAAUCCCAUUGGAAUGAAAAUAUGAAAGAGGUGAUUGAGAUCGAUCAGUUCUCCUACCCAGUGUACAGGUCCUUCCUCAAGUUCCUCUACACGGACACAGUAGAUCUUCCUCCAGAGGAUGCUAUUGGACUGCUGGAUCUGGCAACUUCGUACUGUGAGAACAGGCUAAAGCGGCUAUGUCAGCACAUCAUAAAGCGGGGCAUCACUGUGGAAAAUGCUUUCUCCCUGCUUUCUGCUGCAGUCAGAUACGACGCUGAGGAUCUUGAAGAAUUCUGCUUUAAGUUCUGUGUGGACCAUCUGACUGAGGUGACUCAGACUGCAGCAUUCUGGCAGUUUGAUGGGAACAUGCUGAAGGAGUUUAUCUGUAGAGCCAGCCGCUGUGGAGCUUUUAAAAACUAAAUAAUCAGCUAAAUUUUCCCAUGAGUGCAGCUGUUACUACAAACUCAUCCGCACCACUAGAGGGCACUCUGCUCGACUGUUACCGCCUGCACUUUGAGCCCUUUUGCUUUAUUACAGAUAUCUGCGAAGGAGAAUUUUUGUUUUUGUUCUAUUUAAUAGAAUAGUUCAUGACUGCACAGACAUCAUUUUCAUUUUGUAUGACUUACCUUGUGUUUAUGGUAAAUGCUUGUGAAUGUGUUUAAAAAAAAGAAAAAGCAAAAAGUUUCCUUUUUUGUGAAAUGUAUAUAUUGUAUAGGUUUUGCAAUAAAUUUAAAGUGAAGUGAUUUAUCCAGGCUGCAGUGAUGUAA